AUGGCAACAGCGGCGCCCAACCAGCUCCAGUUUGGGGAGAGCCCCCAGUAUCCCGCUUACCUGCCCAGCUUUCCUGGGAGUGCUUACCUCCCUCCCCCAAGCCCCGGGGGCGCCCCCUGCCAGCCGCCCCCCUUGGGCUCCGGCCCAGACCUGCGACCGUCGGCGGCGGCAGCCUACGAGGGGUACCCCGGCCCUGGGUCCGGGCCAGCUUCAUUGCUUCCCGUCAGCCUGGCGCCUGCAGCGCCGCAGCUCAAGGGUCAGCCAGCCCCGUCCGGGUCUGGGUCGGGGUCGCAGCGCAGGAAGAGAACGUCCUUCAGUCCCGAGCAGCUGCAGCUGCUGGAAUUGGUGUUUCGACGGACCAUGUACCCGGACAUCACCUUGCGGGAACGCCUGGCCACCCUCACCAGGCUUCCUGAGUCCAGGAUCCAGGUCUGGUUCCAGAACAGACGUGCCAAAUCCCGUCGGCAGAGAGGAAAGUCCUAUAAUCCCUCAGCAGGACCAGAGCUUUUUCUCAACCACCCUCCUCUUGGAACCGAAGGGGAGCAUUUGGUUCCCCUGCUGCCUCUUGAGGUAGAUGUGAACUGCCUGCCUGAUCCAAGCAGGGGUGGAGUUGGGCUCUCUGGCCCCGACAGCCAAGGACAGAGUUUUGGAACCUUUUCCCCUGUAUCUGAAAACACUGGUUCAAAGCUGGACUUAUGGGAGGAACACAUCUUAUCGACCUUCAGCAACUCUUGACCAAGAUCACAGGAAAAUCUUGGCCAAUGAUUUUGGACAGGUACAAUGGACUAUAACCUUGGAUCAAGAGACCUAUCAAAAGUUUCAUCUCUUCUUUCUAGCCUACACCUUAAGGCCACGGUUCAUUUUUCUUAGUUCUUAGUUCAAAUUAAUGCUCUUAGUUCUCCAUCUCAUUUGUCUGGGCCCUCUUCUCAACUAUUAAUUCUUAGUCAUGUCUUUGUGUUUUUCUAUACUUUAAGACUUCAUUUACUCAACCUUUACAAACCAAACUUGCAUAUCCCAGGCACAUCCUUUCUUCUCCUUGCCAAAUCUAUACUUUUAUCUGUUUAUACAAUAUUUCCAAUUGGCUCUCUGGAGUUCAUUGACUUCUCCUCAAAAUAAGUCUUGUUUCAUUUGUAGUGAAGCAAAGUAGAUAAAAGUGCUGGAUUUUAAAAGUCAGCAAAGUCUGGUUUCAAAUCCCACCUUUGAUAAAUAGUCACAAUGAGGGUAAUAAUACCUAGGACUACCUACCU